AUGUCAGAACCGAAUCUUGGCCCGGCCCUAGAGAAGGGGGUUUGGGCCGCGGUUGUCAUUGCCGCGGUGAUCGUCGUGUUGCGCGUUUUCGGUAAAGUCAAGAUCAAUCGAGUUCGUAUCGAUGAUGGCCUGAUGAUUUUCGCUGAGAUUCUGGCAAUCGUCUCAACAACGUUGUUGACCCUGUCGGUGAAACACGGGUUCGGCAAGGAUCUCGAUGACAUAGCAUCAAAUGACAAGCAAAAGGUCUUGAAGAUCACUGCAAUCCAAGUGCCAAUCGUCACCAUCAGCACCACCAUCGCCCGGUCCGCAUUUAUUCUCUACAUCCUGCCCCUCCUCGGAACCAACAAGUACUACCAGGCCGCGCUGUGGGCUGUUUUGGCGAUUCAAUUCUCGGGGAAUGUUGUGUCGGCCGUGCUGCCACUUAGCAUCUGUCGCAACGCGGCCGCUUUAUGGAAUCCCGAAGUCGCCAUUACGACGACCUGCGGUGAUUCGCAAGCGGUGAUAAAAUUCGCCUACUACUCCAAUACCUUCAACUCGGCCACCGAUCUGUUUUUGGCCGUCUUCCCCACCGUGGUAUUCUGGAACUUGAACUUGAAAGUCAGCAUCAAGAUUGGUUUGAUCAGCCUGCUGAGCUUGGGUAUCGUUGCAAUGAUCGCAUCCAUCAUCAAAACAACCAAACUAGAGUCCGUCCCCAGCAUCACGAAUACCGGAGCCGGCGGCGGUAUCGAACUGAUCCGCUGGGGAUACAUCGAAAACAUCAUUAUCAUCAUCACCUCCUCAAUCCCCUGCAUCCGCCCCUUGAUCAUCUCCUCCGUGCGGAAGAUCUCCAGCGGCAAAUACUCCCAUUCCUAUGAACUCAGCAUGCCCUUUGGGCGCAAAUCGGGUGGUGUCCCCAAUGAAACGAACCACUCACGCCGCAUGCGCAGGUUCAAGUCGGAUGUCGAGAAUAAUAGCGUCGAUCGCAUUCUGGAUCAUAACCAGAGUGUGCAUACUAGCACCUCGAUAGGCGGGCCACCAGAUUCUCCUACUUUCUCGACUCCCGGGAUCACAAAGCAGGUGGACAUUUCGGUGAUUUCAGAUACUCGGAAGCCUGCGAAAGAGCAUGUGAGGGAUCUGUCAUUAGGGGGUUAA